AUGGUGAGGAAGGAAGUGUUUGUAUCAGCAACCUGCACCGAUGGUGAGGAAGGAACUCACCUUGGGAUGUGGGCAAGCCAGCAGCGCUAUUUCAAAACAACAGGGAAACUAUCUCCAGAGCGGAUUGCAAAGCUCAAUGCCAUUGGCUUUGGAUGGGACCACCAUACAUCCUACUAUCCCAAAUCCUAUGCCAAAAAGCGCAAAAGAGAUGAGAUCGAAACUCCAACAGAACCGAAUCCAGCUACAAAAAAACCGAAUCCAGCAGCUACCAAGAAAAAGCGACAAUACAAGUAUGGCACUGUAGAGAUUCCAGGAUACAAUGACCUCACCAACAAGCACAAGAAGUCAACUUCAGCUCACAUAGAUUUCUGCUUGACUCUCCGGGACUACACUAACAUAACAACAACCGUUUUUACAGGAGCCGCAAAGGGGUUUGUAUCCAAGAAAUUGAAACCUAUUCUGAAGUGUUUUGAUAGCUGUUGCGAUGGCGACAGGGCGAAAUUCAUCUAG